GUUUCGUUUGUCAGUAGUUCUUAAGAAGAUAAUAUGGCAUCUUCUGUAGUUGAUGAAGUUGUCAGAAAACUUGGUGAGUUGAUACCUAAGGAGGCUGGACCAGACCUCCCAAUAGAAGAAGAUGCAUCCCCCACAAGAACAUUUGAUAACAUUAUGGUGUCUAAUGUAGAUUUUGCUCCGAGAGAAGAUCCAGCUAUUGUUGCAUUCAAUCAAUUGAAAGUAACAUCUCUUUCAAUUGAACAAGAUCCUAUUGUACUAGACCUCCCAAUACAAAAAGAUGCACCAUUCAUCAAUACAUGUAUGAAAGUAAAUUCGAAGAGAACAAGUGUGAAAGAGAGCAACUUCAACAAUCAAAUAAUUUGUAGCAAUUUUACACCUCAUCCCUAUCAACAAAAUAUGAUGUCUAACAAACAGUUUUCUCCAAGAGAAGAUCCAACUAUUGUUGUGGUUGAUCAAUCAAGAGCGGCACCUCUCCCAAUAGAACAAGCUCCUCUUGUGCUUUCUCAAUUGGCUGCACAGAACCUCCCAAUAGAAGAAGACGCACUCUCCACAAGUACAUUUCAAAAUAUAAAGUGGAGGAGAAUGGGUAUCUUAGAGAGUGAUUUCAACAAUCAUACAAUCAAAAACAAUGUUACAUCACAUCUAUACCAAAACGUGAAUAUGAUGUCCAACAAAGAUUCUACUCAAAGAGAACAUCCAACCAUUGUUUUGUUCGAUCAAUCGAGAGAGCCAUCUCUCCCAACAGAACAAGCUCCUGUUGCACUUGCUCAAUCAACUACACCAAAACUCCCAAUAGAAGGAGAUACACCCUCUACAACUACAUUUGAGAAUUUAAAGUGGAGGAAAACAAGUUUCAUAGAAAGCAGUUUCAACGAUCAAAUAGUCAAUAGAAAUUUUACACCUCAUCCCUACCAAAACGUGAGUAUGAUGUCUAGCAAAGAAUUUUCUAUGAGAGAAGAUCCAACUAUUGCUAUGUUUGAUCAAUUGGGAGUAUCACCCCUCAGAGUAGAACAAGAUCCUCUUGCACUUGCUCUAUCCACUAUACCAAGCAUUCCAAUAGAAGAAAAUGCAUCCUUCAUAAGUACAUCUGGGAAUGUAAAGUGGAAGGAAACAUAUGUGAUAGAGAACAACCUCAACCAUCAAACGAUUUCUAACAAUUUAACAACUCAUUCUUAUCAAAAAGUGAUGUCCAAAAGAGAUUCUACUCUGAGAGAAGAUCCAGCUAUUGUUGCAUUCGAUCAAUCGGGAGCAACACCCCUUCAAGGAAAAGCAGCUUCUAGUGUGCCUGCUCAAUCGACCGCACUAGACCACCCAAUAAAAAAAGAUGCGCUAAAUCAAUUGGUAGAUGCUCACCCCCAAUACAUUCCAUCCGUUGUACAGGUUGCGCUCGGCUUGUUUGCAGCAAGCUUGGCUCUCAUGUUGGAAAUGUUCGACAAAGGGGGCAACACCAUUUCUUUCAACUUAUUUUUGGUCACAGACAUGUUGGCUCUAGUCACUUCAUUGGCUCUUGCUAUGAUUGUCACCUUUGAGUUUCUUGGGAAAGCUGCAUGGUUGAUGAAAAUCAUUACGUGGGUUGUAGCAGCAUGCUUUCUUUUGGCUGUCGUGGCUGCUAUGUUUGUUUUGAUGAUACCUAUCGUCAAAUGGAUUGUUGUGAGCUUUAUUGUUGCAGGUGCCAUGGUAGUGGCAUUGCUAAGAUACAGAGCUUUCAUUUUCCCCACUCAAUAUGAUACACUGCUUGACAUUCAAAUUUGUCAACAAUACCAAGGUCUUAAUGCUGUGUAAUAUCACUAGCGAAGCCAAAGUUGGUUUUUUGAAAUGUAAUUUGCUUUGCUCUA